UCGCUGCGUACAUUAGUAAAGCUCUCGUACUUACCGCUAUCUUGAACUAGUAGCGUAACAUAAAUAGAAAUAUAUUAGUUCAAAAAUAAAAUAUUUUAUUUACUCAUAUCAAUCAUCUCUAUCUCUUUGUUUCUCUCUCUGCAAAGAAUUUCUGGACUGAUGGUUUCAACAAGACGAAGCGGAUCUCUUUCUAGUAACAGCAGUAAGAGAUCUUCUUCAUCCGAUGAUAAAUCUUCAUCACCUAAGAGAAAGAAGGGUGAGAAUGGAGUUGGGGCGGAGAAAUCAACACAAACAUCUGGAUCUUCUGAGAAUCCGAAGGAAUUGUGUUCAUCAGUUGAAUGUACUCCUCCACCAAUUUAUACCACUCCUGAAGUAGUGGUUGCUUCAAAAGUUGAUGCUAACAAAGAAGUAGCCGCUGCAGUUUCAGUGGCAACACCACCAUUAACUGACGGAUCUACGCCAGAUAUAGCUGAUAAUAAAAGAAGUUCUUUCUGUUCAUGGAGUACGUUGCAGAAACAACAUCACUUAAAUUUUGAUGCUUCUACUCCUUGGUGCAAGCUACUGUCACAGUAUUCACAGAAUCCAUACAUUCCCAUUUGUCAACCAAUUUUCAGCUUUGGUGCUGGCACACACUGUGACUUUUUCUUGAAGGAUCCGACAAUCAGUUCAAUGCUAUUCAAGAUCAAAUAUACACAGCGUGACGGCAGUGUGAUUGCUGUGCUUGAAAGCACAGGGAGCAAGGGGUCGGUUCAAGUUAAUGGGAAAUUCAUCAAGAAAAACUCUAACAUAGUUAUUACCUCGGGGGAUGAGGUCAUCUUUGGCUCUUCAGGAAAACAUGCAUAUAUUUUCCAGCAACUCAGGACUGAAACAGCGGCAAAGGUACCUUCAUCAGUUGGAGAGGCAGAGGCUCAAACUAAUACAGGUAAAUGGCUGCACCUUGACAGAAGGUCUGGUGACCAAUCAGCUGUGGCUGGAGCAUCAAUAUUGGCAUCUCUUUCGAGCCUGAGACAAGAUCUAUCACUUUUGACACCUCCAGCUCAAACUGCUGGUGAAACGCAACAAGGGACCAGCAUUGUGUCGUAUGCUCUCGCUCGUGAUGGUUCCGAUAUGGAUGCUGAUGGCCAAGAAACUAAAGAAAAUGUGGAACCAGUGAUGGGGAGUGAUAGAGAAGCUGAUAAUGGAGUAAGUGGCACAGAGCUCCCUCUCGACAGCAACCAAGAAGCUGACUUUGAGUCGGACAUCAUAAAACUUUCUGAGGUGAAUAAUUCAGUAAGGCCUAUCAUGUUCAUGUUUGCUGGAUUUACUAUUAUUUCUGUGGGCCUAAGCGAAAAAGUUUGUUAUCAGAUAAUGGAUGACAAGAGGGAGUUGGAAACUGAUGCUCAAACAGCUUCGACAUCUGGUGUAUCUCCACAAUGUGCAGCCCUGAAAGAUGAUAUUCGUGCGGCUAUCCUUGAUGGAAAAGAAUUAGAUAUCACUUUCAAAGAUUUCCCUUAUUAUCUGAGUGAGAACACGAAAGAUGUCCUGAUAAAUGCUUCAGUUAUACACCUUAAGCAUAAAGAAUUUUCGAAGUAUGCUGCAGAGCUCCCUACUGUAAGCCCUAGAAUUUUGCUCUCUGGACCAGCAGGGUCUGAUAUAUACCAGGAGAUGUUGUUGAAGGCACUUGCUCAACAUUUUGGGGCAAAGUUAUUAGUAUUUGAUAGCAACUCCUUUCUUGGGGGCUUAUCGUCAAAGGAGUUGGAACAGUUUAAAGACGGAUUAAGAGCAGAUAAGUCUGCCAAAUCUUCAAAGCAACUUCCAGGAACUUCUCGGUUAGCCAAGUACGUUAGUCCUGGGGUAGCAGAUACACCUAGCUCUGAAAUUGCACAUUCUUCUCGCUGUCCUCAAUCUCAAGCUAAACUUGACGGAAUCCCUGCUCCCUCAUCGUCGGCGUCUAAGAAUCAUUUGUUAAAAAUGGGUGAUAGGGUAAAAUUUGUAGGCUUUGUUUCAACUUUAUAUCCAACGACAGCAUCCCCUCCAAGGGGACCUUCUUAUGGAAGCCGGGGAAGAGUUCUCCUUCCAUUUGAGGAAAAUCUUUCAUCGAAAAUUGGUGUUCGAUUUGACAAACCAAUACCCGAAGGGAUAGACCUUGGGGGUUUGUGCGAGAGAAGUCAUGGAUUCUUCUGUAAUGUUAGCGAUCUUCGUCGAGAAGCACCAGGAUCAGAGGAUUUGGACAAGUUACUGCUCAGCACUUUGUUUGAGGUUGUAUCUAGUGAAAGCAGAAUUUCUCCUUUUAUAUUGUUUGUUAAAGAUGUUGAGAAGUCCAUUGUGGGAAAUUCAGAUACUUACUCAGCAUUUAAGAGCAGGCUUGAAAAUCUUCCUGAUAAUAUUGUCCUAAUUGGCUCGCACACCCAAAACGAUAGCCGUAAGGAGAAGUCACAUCCUGGCGGUCUUCUCUUCACAAAGUUUGGAAGCAAUCAGACAGCUCUUCUUGAUUUUGCUUUCCCGGAUAGUUUUGGAAGACUUCAUGAGAGAGGCAAGGAAGUUCCUAAGACAACCAAGCUGUUGGCUAAACUCUUCCCAAAUAAAGUCGCUAUCCACAUGCCUCAGGAUGAGGGCCUUCUUGUUUCUUGGAAAGAACAGUUGGAUAAAGAUGGUGAAACCCUUAAAGCAAAGGGAAACUUGAACAGUUUGCGCGUGGUUGUCAAUCGGUGUGGGUUGGACUGCGAAGGAUUAGAGACACUGUGCAUUAAAGAUCAAACUUUGACAAAUGAAAAUGCAGAGAAAAUAGUUGGAUGGGCAUUAAGUCACCAUCUCAUGCAAGACCCAAGCUGUGACACUAAAGAUGCCAGGAUUGUUCUGUCAACCAAGAGUAUCCAGUAUGGACUUCAAAUUUUACAGGCUAUCCAGAAUGAAUCCAAGAGUUCGAAGAAGUCUCUUAAGGAUGUUGCAACAGAAAAUGAAUUUGAGAAAAAGCUUCUAGCAGAUGUGAUUCCGCCUACCGAUAUUGGAGUAACAUUUGAAGACAUUGGAGCUCUUGAAAAUGUCAAGGAUACAUUGAAAGAAUUGGUGAUGCUUCCUUUACAAAGGCCAGAGCUGUUCUGCAAGGGGCAGCUGACAAAGCCUUGCAAAGGUAUACUUCUUUUUGGCCCCCCUGGAACUGGGAAGACAAUGCUCGCUAAAGCUGUGGCCACUGAGGCUGGUGCAAACUUUAUAAAUAUUUCAAUGUCUAGCAUCACGUCUAAGUGGUUUGGUGAGGGUGAAAAGUAUGUGAAGGCGGUUUUCUCAUUAGCAAGUAAAAUUGCCCCCAGCGUAGUUUUUGUUGAUGAGGUCGAUAGCAUGUUAGGGCGUAGAGAGAAUCCAGGAGAGCAUGAGGCAAUGCGCAAGAUGAAAAAUGAAUUCAUGGUUAACUGGGAUGGGUUACGCACAAAGGAUAAAGAAAGAGUGCUGGUGCUUGCUGCCACAAACAGGCCUUUUGAUCUUGACGAGGCUGUUAUUAGAAGGCUCCCUCGUAGAUUGAUGGUUAACUUGCCAGACUCUACAAAUAGAUCAAAGAUUUUGAGAGUGAUACUGGCAAAAGAAGACUUGUCCUCAGAUUUAGAUUUGGAUGCAGUCGCCAGUAUGACUGAUGGGUAUUCAGGAAGUGAUCUGAAGAAUCUUUGUGUUACCGCUGCACACUGUCCAAUAAGAGAGAUUCUGGAGAAGGAGAAGAAGGAGAAGGCUGCAGCAUUAGCAGCUGGAAAAUCCCCUCCCGCACUGAGUGUGAGUUCUGACAUUCGGCCACUAAACAUGGAUGACUUCAAAAAUGCUCAUGAGCAGGUUGGUGCAAGUGUAUCAUCAGAAUCUUCAAACAUGAAUGGGCUGCUGCAGUGGAACGAACUUUAUGGUGAAGGUGGUUCUAGACGGACAAAGCCUCUUAGCUACUUUAUGUGAUGUUGGAGUGGCUCGUAAUCUGUACAAAGGGAGGUUCUACACUUUUUUUUCUCGUAGAAGGGCAAAAUACUGCCCUUUCUCUUUUGGUUCGAUAUCUUUGUUUCUUCUCUUUCCCGUGCGGGUAAGUUUAGUUGCUUUUCAGUAGUGAGGAUGGUGUGUCUCGUCUUUUCUUGUGUAUCAUAAAAGUUAUAAAAUGUCGCGCUAUAUGUAUAUGUGCAUGUUGUGCACCAUCUUAUAAUUUAUUUUUAUUUUCUUUGGGGGGUACUACAAAACAUUUCAUCAGCAAAGAGUUUGUUCUCUUUGGACAGAGGGUUAUUCAUCCCUUUGGCCUUGAGACUUGACUGGUUGUUUGGCUA